CGCUCUCUCUCUCUCUCUCUCUCUGAUGAGUUUGACGCUGUUGCAGCUGUGAUGUGCUGACAGUGUGAGAUUCGCUUGGUCUGUGGCUCUGUGUGUUAUUAAGAGUAGUGUGUGUGUGUUUUGUUUAAUCCCCGGCAUGGGGAACUUUCAGUAAGCCUGUGUAACUCUCUGCUCCGAUCCGAGAAGCGCUCGGACUCCAGUCUGGUUCUAAUCUCCAGCCGAUCGGACUUCAGCCGGAGUGAGUCGUGAUUAUAUAUGAGCGGAACGUAUAUGAGUCGGGAUUAGAGCUCCUGAUUCCAGACACACAGGAUGGACCUGACGGGCUUGUGCUUCAUGCAGCUGCUGUUCUCAGCCCUGCAGGUGAUAUUAUGUGUAGGAAGAGACUGCCUUCUGGCUGGGGACUCAUGCUCCAGCGAUGAGACCUGCAGUCCGCGCCUCCGAACCCUGCGUCAGUGCGUGGCCGGAGACGGCAGCGUGAAGCUGGGUCUUGGUGCACGCAGCCAGUGUGCCAAUGCCGUGUCUGCCCUGUUGUCCAGCCCGCUGCAUGGCUGCCAGUGCCGACGUGGGAUGAAGAGAGAGAAGAACUGCCUGAGUAUAUACUGGAGUCUCUACCAGUCUGGCAUACAUGGGCUCAACCUGGUGGAAAGCUAUCCAUAUGAGACGGUGGAGAAAGGAUAUGACUACGUCCGUCUAGCCUCCAUCACAGCAGACUCUGAUCUGGGCCUCUCGACGGCCAACCGGUGCCUGGACGCGGCCAAAGCCUGCAAUGUGGAUGACCUGUGCCAGAGGCUGCGUACAGAAUAUGUCUCAGCAUGUAUCAAGCCUUCAGGCAAAUCAGGCCUAUGCAACCGCUCCCGCUGCAAUAAGGCCCUGCGCCGAUUUUUUGAUCGCGUACCCCCUGAAUACACGCAUGAGCUGCUCUUCUGUCCCUGCAGCGAUAUGGCGUGCUCGGAGAGACGACGCCAGACCAUCGUGCCUGGCUGCUCAUACGAGAUGCCAGAAAAACCCAGCUGCCUAACACAGAUGAGGAGCUGCAGAGCCGACUACAUGUGCAGGUCCCGCUUGGCCCAGUUUCAGUACGACUGCCAGCCACAGGAGCAGUCAUCCAGCGGCUGCAAACAUGGCAACUAUGCUGCCUGUCUUGUAGCCUACACUGGCCUAAUAGGCAGUCCCAUCACUCCUAAUUACGCGGACAACACCACAUCCAAUGUGGCACCGUGGUGCACAUGCUCAGCAAGUGGCAAUCAGAAACAGCAAUGCACAGAGUUUCUGGACUAUUUCACCAACAACAUCUGUCUCAACAAUGCUCUUCUGAUGUUUGGGAAUGGGAUGGACCAGACACCUACUCCAAGCCAAACAAAUCGUCGAAUCCCUGUGACAGACAGAGACGCACGAAACAGUUCUUCUGGCUUUGUCUCCAUGGAUACAGAAGAGAACAUUGCGAGCCCAACCAUUUCCACACAGGACACCGAAAGGGAGAGACUUUGGGGCGACUCCACAAUUCCCUUCAACACACACCGUAACUAUGGCCAGGCGUCCACUCGUGUGUGUUUGCCAGUACUCACCUGUCUGCUGCUCAUCCUUCUGCUGAGCUCCAAUCAGUAAUAUUCUUGUGUGGAACAGACAGAGUCUGGGCCAAGGGACCAACUGCAAUGUUAUUUUUUUUAAUCAAAACUGUGGAGAAAAAAAAAAAAAAAACUGUCACCAACAGCCCUCCAUGUUUCAUUGUGCUAUCUGUGUAUUUCUGUGGAACGGUCGGAUUCGGCGAGAAGAUUUAUUAAUGGACCUGACACCUGAUGAAUGGUUAAUCUAAUUGGAAAUUCCUUGUACAUAUGUACAUAUCAUUAUGCAGAGUCAAUAUCAGAGUUUAUUGUUUGUGAAUAAUUUCAGCUCCAAGACCUACAUUUUCUAGGGACAUUUAUGAGUGUGGUGCCUGCAGCGUUUGAUAACCAAAUUAAUGUGCAAUGCUCUAAACUAGGCUGAAAUGUGUGGAGGGAGGAAUCAAAGCCUCAUGUUUCUUUUCUAUAGCUCCUCAUGCAUCACUUCAAGUGUUCAGAGGCGCCUGUGGAGGAAACAGGGAUUUAAUAUCAUUUUGUUCAAGUUGACUGAGAACGAAGACUAGGGCUGCCUCUGAUCAAUAUUCGGACUGCAAAGCCUUUGUGUGGAGGUAAACAAAAGGCCUGUCGACGUUUGAACUGAAAUUUUGGAUAUAUCCGAUUUUAGAUUCCAAGGUAUUAUGUGUGUGUGUGUGUGUGUGUUCAGGAACGUAAAGCGCUUUCUCUUUGCCUGACUGAAGAACAAAUAUAAGCCAAACAUUUGUGAUAUCUGUUGCUUUAGUCUUGUGCAAGCACAAUGGACCUUUUGAGACAAAAACAUCGGACACUUCUACAAUGUUAUAUACCUUCGGGUUUACACACUCAAAUCCUGUAUAGUUUAAUGUCUUAUUUCUUUGACAUACCUGACGAAAAUCUGAGGCUUCAAAUAAAUUGUGUAAAACUAAAAGGAAAACGAAAACUGUUCAGGAGCAGACUAACGCAAGCAGCGCGAAACCAAUUGAGCACAUUUUCAGUGUACUGAAAUAACACUGGUAAAGUCGUUAUCCACAAGCAGUAUUUAUAUGUUCUAAUUGCUAUAAUGCAUUUAAGGAACUCAGCUUUGAUUUGUAUUUGGUGUGGAUCGCUCUCUCACAAUUAUAUCUUUGGGCAAUAUUCAGAGUUGGGAUUUAUGUUAUGUUAGUUAAUACAGGUAAAGAGUAUGUCAGCAUUGAUAUUUUUGACGUAACUAAAAAUACUGGAUACUACAUGGGAGUACAUACUUGUUUUAAAACAUCAUGCUAGAAGCAGUAUUAUGUCCAAUGCCAAAUUGUAAUAUUGAAAUUAUGGAAAGU